CUCAUUGAGUUAUCAAGUAAUAGUUUUCAUUGCUAGAAGAGACAAUGGCUCAAAUUAGGAAGAUGGAUUGCCAAGUUGAGGUCAAGUCCUCAGCUGAAAAAAUCUUUGAUGCUUUCAACACCAAAGCUCACCUAAUGCCAAAGAUGUCGAGUCGACUUAUUUCGGAUAUAAAACUUCUCGAGGGCGAAUGGAAUUCUCCGGGGUCGGUCCGGUUAUGGCAUUAUGUUGUUGCCGGCGAUAAGCAACUUCAAGAGAACGUGGAUGAAAAAAACAGUACAAUUGUGGCUAAGGAACUUCGAGAGAGCGUGGAUGAAAAAAACAGGACAAUGGUUUACAAAUUACUCGAUGGUGAAAUCAAGAAUUCUUACAAUUCAUGGAAAACCAUCCUUAGUGUCACACCCAAGGGGGAGGGCAGCUUGGUGAAAUGGACCUUCGAGUACGAAAAGAAAAACGACGACGUCCCGGAGCCCGUCGAGUACUGCGAUUUUCACACUGCAUGGGCUAAAGAUGUUGAUGAUUACCUUCUCAAUGCCUAAACAAGUAAUUAAAAAUAAAAAGACAUAUAUCAAUAAAUUGAUUAUAUGUCUCGUUCGUAAUUAAAUAAUAUGGAAGGUAAGUUACAUCAUCUACCAUCCAAUUUUAGGCGUUGUAUCGUUUAUAUCACUGAACUUUCAGUUUUACUAAUUAUAGCAUUGAACUUUGAUUUUUA